UAAAUCAAGUAAGUAGUAUCUGCAUGUUUCGAACCAAAUCAAAGUGGAAUUAGCCUUAAAUACAUCUAUGCACCAAACCAAUUCACACAAAACAACAGUACUAUAUAAAUUCAAUUCAAAUUCAACUCCGCCGUCGGAGACUGACACAUAUACAUUAUUUUUCCAUUUGGAUUGUGUCUGCAUCUUCUUCUCCGAUUCUACUACUAGGGUUUCUUUCUCUUUUUUCAUUGAAUCAGUUGAGUUCGAUUCGAUUGAUCGUGUUUUUAUAGUAUUAACUCCUUGAUUCGAAGGAGGAGUUAGGGAAUGCGAGCGGCCAUCGUAUCGAGGUGCCGAAGGGCGCCCCAGAUUUUGUUCCGCAGGAGAGAAAUGAUGACAAUGGAUUGCAGCUUCCGCCCUCUUCCUUGGAAAUCGUCCACCACUGCCACUGCCCUCUCUCUCCGCAUUGGUUCCUCAGGUAGUACUAGAAGUAGUGGAUGCUAUCAUCGGUGUAACCCUUGGGAUGUUUCCAAAACCACGCCUUUUUUCUUCAAGCACCUCAAUGGCUUCUUGUCUGACACCCCUCCUAGACCUCCCCAACCACCUAAGCCUUGAACAGGGUUCGAUGCCAAAUGGGUUUGCACUGUUCUCAACAUCGGCGGGGAGUGAUGCAGUCGGCAGAAAACAGGGUGCAAAGCAAGAGCAAACGACUACUGUUGCGAAAAGGGGAGCUUCCGGGGAGCAAGUUGCCGACACGAAGAUUCUUCGUACUCUUGUGAAGUACUUGUGGUUGAAAGAUAACCUUGAGUUCCGUUUGCGGGUUGUUAUUGCCUUGGGUUUCUUGGUGGGAGCCAAGGUUCUGAAUGUUCAGGUACCUUUCCUUUUCAAGCUUGCUGUUGAUUGGUUAACAACGGCAACAGGCAAUGCUAGUGCUUUUGCUUCAUUUACAACUGCAAAUUCAACUGCCUUGGCUCUUUUUGUGAGCCCUGCAGCUGUUUUAGUGGGAUAUGGGAUAGCACGGUCAGGGGCUGCUGCUUUCAAUGAGUUGCGAACUGCUGUGUUUUCUAAGGUAGCAUUACGAACAAUCCGAUCAGUAUCUAGGAAGGUAUUCUCACAUUUGCAUGAACUCGACCUUCAGUACCAUCUUAGUCGAGAAACAGGUGCUUUAAAUCGGAUUAUUGAUCGUGGUAGCCGUGCAAUAAACUUCAUCCUUUCUUCCAUGGUAUUCAAUGUUGUACCCACCAUCUUAGAGAUAUCUAUGGUAUCAGGUAUACUGGCAUACAAAUUUGGAGCACCAUUUGCGUUGAUCACUUCCCUAUCAGUUGCUGCAUAUGUUAUUUUCACAUUGAUCAUAACACAGUGGAGGACUAAGUUUAGGAAGGCCAUGAACAAAGCUGAUAAUGAUGCAAGUACGAGGGCAAUAGAUUCACUUAUCAAUUAUGAGACCGUCAAAUAUUUCAACAACGAGGCUUAUGAAGUUGAAAAAUAUGAUGAGUUCUUAAAGAGGUAUGAAGAUGCUGCAUUAAAAACGCAACGUAGCCUUGCUUUCUUGAAUUUUGGCCAAAAUGUAACAUUUAGCGUAGCUCUAUCAGCAGCUAUGGUGUUGUGUUCCAAUGGGAUUAUGACUGGCCAGAUGACAGUUGGUGAUUUGGUUAUGGUAAAUGGGCUCCUGUUCCAGCUGUCUCUUCCGCUCAACUUCCUUGGCAGUGUAUAUCGUGAGACUAUACAAAGUCUUAUUGACAUGAAGUCCAUGUUUCAGUUACUAGAGGAGAAGCCUGACAUUCGCGAUGAUCCUGAUGCAAAGCCUCUGGAGUUGAAGGGAUGCAGCAUUGAAUUUGACAAUGUUCACUUCAGUUAUGUGCCAGAAAGAAAGAUUCUUGAUGGGAUAUCCUUUGUUGUGCCAGCUGGAACGAGUGUUGCUAUUGUUGGAACCAGUGGCAGUGGGAAGUCGACCAUUCUUAGAUUGCUCUUCAGGUUGUUUGACACCCAUUCUGGAAAUAUAAGGAUAGAUGGUCAAGAUAUACAGAAGGUAACACUAGAGAGUCUUCGCAAGCCCGUCGGUGUUGUUCCACAAGACACUGUACUUUUCAAUGAUACAAUAUUUCACAACAUUCAUUAUGGUCGUCUUUCAGCAACAACGGAGGAGGUGUAUGAUGCGGCUCGACGGGCAGCAAUUCAUGACACUAUCAUGAACUUUCCAGAAAAAUAUUCUACUGUGGUAGGGGAACGGGGCCUGAAGUUAAGUGGUGGUGAGAAGCAACGUGUGGCACUAGCUCGUGCAUUCCUGAAAGCACCUGCCCUUCUGCUUUGUGAUGAAGCUACUAGUGCACUUGAUAGCACAACGGAAGCAGAGAUAUUAAGUGCUUUGAAGUCCCUUUCUAACAAUAGAACUUCAGUCUUUAUAGCUCAUAGGCUUACGACAGCAAUGCAGUGUGAUCAGAUUAUAGUUCUGGAGAAUGGGAAGGUAGUGGAACAAGGACCCCAUGAAAAUCUCUUGUUGAAUGCCGGAAGAUAUGCCCAGCUCUGGGGACAGCAAAAUAACUCUACCGAUGGAGUUGAUACAGUUGCAAAAGUGGUGGCAUGAAAAAAAAAAUAUAUAUAUAUCUUUCAAAAUUCAAAAUUAUUUUUGUGUGUUGUGUACAAUUAGUAUUCAGGUAUUUAUUGUCAAUUAAUAGUCAGCAUGACUCAAUUUAUAGUCAGGUUUAGCAUUUUCCGGUAUUUUUUGGUUUUUAUCAUUCUUGAGAACUUCUGCUAGCUUUAUAAAAGGGUUGGCAAAUUGGCUUACUUCAAUCUAAUGAAACAUUUAAAUUUGGCACUUAGGGGCCGGUUUUA